UCAGGACAGAGGGAGACGAGACGCACGAGAGAAGAAACCCAGUUAGCUCUCGUACACGGCCGAGACGAACUCAUCCAUCUCCAUACAUCAUCAAUCCGGGAGCAAGAGCAACAUGCGACGUACAGGUCAAGAGCAAGAUCGGAAGAGCAUCCAUGGAGGCAAAUCCAAGCUUUCCCAAGGGUGAGAACCAAGAUUGAACUGCAUCCCUUUUCUUCUCUCUGCCUCGCAGCUAGCAUUGUGGAUGGUGACUCGGACGCCGCUGCCAUGGUGCUCGCCAUCGUGCAGCCCAACGGCCGGCCCGUCCGUCACACCAACGAAGCCCGCCGUCGCCUGUCCGAUCGCGGCGAACUGGAGUCGAUGAGGGCAACACUGUGGAGGGGGGUCACCGGCGUACAGGUGCAGCCCCGACUUCUUGACGUACAGGUACACGGCGUACCGCUCGGUUCAUGGAAGCGGCCCGGCUUACCGGUUCGGCCUCGCGCUCGACGCAUAGGUGCAGCUGGGCGGCGGCAUAUAUGCAGGAGCGGCUCUGUGUAUAGGCGCAGCCUGGAACACGCGAUGAGCAGCUCAGCUCUCGGAGGCAGGCCGGCGUACAGGAGUCCCAGGAGCUUGACGUACAGGCGCGACGCGGCGGCAGUGUACGGGAGCAGCUUCGUGUGCAGGCCUACCUCGAUCCGGCGUGCAGGUUUAGUUCGUCGCCGGCGUACAGAGGCAGCUCUCACAGAUGCAAACCGGGGCGAGGGCGGCUCGGCGCUUGACGUACAGGUUGACGUAAUGGAGCAACUUGGCGUUCAGCGUACAUGCGCAGCUCGGGCAUUUGACGGACAGGCGGUCGCAGGAUCAACUCGGCGUCCACGAGCUGCUCCUGAUGUACAGGUGCAUGUUGGAUGCGUAUUCGGCCGUCAGCGCUGCUGCCAUGGAUGCGACCGGUUGGUGACCCCCGCUGAGCGUGUAGCAGCGGAGCGACCGAGCGAGAGCGCGUCCAGGCGGACAGGUACAGAAGCUGGAGGCUAACGAAGACGGCGUCGCUGCUUCUGGCGUCUCGCUGAUGUAUCGUACACACAGGCUAAGCUGGUGCAUGGCUCACGGGCACACACCUAUGCAUGAUUCAUGCACAUGGGAAGUGCGUGCAUGCCCAACUCGAGACACAACCAGCAUGAGCUGCUAUGCUCGUGAUAUACAGGUUGCCCACGGUGUACAGCUUAUUGCGGCGCUACUUCAUGUAUCGCGCAACUUCGACGCACAGGCUGGACAACCUCGACAGUACCUCAACGUGACCCCGUGAGACGGCGCCCAAUCUGCGCCGACUGCCGUAUACUCGGCGCCGGGCCCAGUCACAGCGCCGACCACACCGACCAUGCCGACAUGAGCGUGUGUUGGUUUUACACCGACGUCGGUCUCCCGAUAAUUUACUCCUGCGAGGCAUACCCCUUGCACACCCCGACGAUGCCGCUAAGUCGUCAAGAAGUCCCAGCUAAACGGACUGCAUCAUGCUACUUCAACAACACUCAUCAUCGCCGCUCAAGACCGACGAGGCGCGACGGCGAGGGCGGGCGAGGCCGCAGCACAGGCCACGCUUACAGCGUCGCGUGUACCGACGAGGACACGGGCUCUACCGCUGCCCACACACAUCUUCACCACCAUCAUGCAUGCAGGACGUGAAGCGAAGACGACGAAGACGACCACACGGCUUAAUCGGAGGUGUCUCGCGGCGUAACCCGCGGGAGUAAUUAACCAGGAGCCUUCCGAGGCCCCGGGAAUCAGGAGACUGCAAUCGCCCUAGUCAGGCUGGCCGCGCUAGUAGGCCACGAAGCGCACACAUAUGGGAAUUGUAUUUGUUAUCUCAAGGAUUAAUGAAAUACUGUUCCCGCA